GCUUUCCUCAUUCGUAAUCCCAAACCCAACUCCCCCUUUCCCUUUCCCUUUCCCUUUCCUCUCCUUCUCCAUUUCUUCACCUUCUCCUUUCUCCUUCAUUUUUCUGCACAAUUCUUAUCGUCUUUCAUUCUGAUCACCCUCCUUCCCCUCCUUCUUCAUUCUUAUCCUCUUUCUCCUCCUCUUCGUUCUUCAUGGAAGCUGGAGUCGAUACCCCUCCUCCAACCCACACAACGGGGUUAGGGAUAUCCUUGGACCUUUCUCUCCCUGAUUCUCUCUUAUCUUCUUCUUCUUCUUCUUCUUCUUCUUCUUAUUCUUCUUCUUCUUCGCCCCCCAGGAUUCCUAAGCGACUUCGUCAGAGACUUCUUGUUGAGUGUAAGUCUCCCAGUACUGUGGUCGAAAUUCAGGCUAAGCUUCGUCAUGCUGAUCUUCGUCGUCAGCAACAUUAUGAGAAGUUGUCCAGCAAGGCUCGACCAAAGCCGAAAAGUCCAUCACAUUCUUCUCAGGAGGGAAACCUUGCACAGCGGCUUGAAGCAAAACUCUUGGCUGCAGAACAGAAGAGGUUGGGCAUAUUGGCUAAUGCUCAGAAGCGUCUUGCUAUGGUGGAUGAGGUACGACAAGUCGCUAAAACAGUUGUGGAGAGACGUAAACAGGAAGAGCGUGAGAAGCUUGGCAAGGAAGUUGCAACUCGAGCAAAGCAAGCAGAGGCAAAUAGAAUGCUUAUCCAGAAGGCUUACAGGCAGCGAAGGGCUUCACUGAUGGAAAGGUCAUCUAUGUCGUUGGUUAGAAAGAUGACCUGGGAAAAUAAGUACAGGGAGCGAGUGCGUGCUGCAAUUUCUCAGAAGCGUGCAGCUGCUGAGAAAAAACGGCUGGGUUUGUUGGAAGCAGAGAUAAAGAGGGCACGUGCUCGAGUGUUGCAGGCUCGGCGUGUGGCUAAGUCUGUAUCUCAACAACGUGAGGUUGAGAGGAGGAAAAUGAGGGAUAAGUUGGAAGACCGAAUGCAAAGGGCAAAAAGAAAAAGAGCAGAAUACUUGAGGCAGAGAGGAAGGCCAGAUAUAGCUAGUCGAGUAAAUAUUAUUAGGAUGCACAAACAUGCUGACAUCCUAUCCCAAAAAUUAGCAAGGUGCUGGAGGAGAUUUCUAAAAUUGAGGAGGACUACUUUAGCAUUAACUGAAGCAUACAACUCCCUAAACAUUAAUGGAAGAUCUGUUAAGUCAAUGCCUUUUGAACAGUUUGCUGUUCUGAUUGAAUCAAGUUCUACUCUCCAAACUGUUAAAGCAUUACUUGAUCGACUUGAAAGCCGCUUGAAAGCUGCUAAGGUUGUUGCUGCUACAAGUUACCCAUUUAAAUUUGAAAAUAUUGAUCACCUCCUCAAGCGAGUUGCUUCUCCUAAAAGGAGGUCUAGUCCAAGUUCGGCAAGGAGCAGAAACACAAGCAGAGUAGUUGUUCGGGAGGUAGCUAGAAGUAUUGCUAAACCAUUCAGAUAUCCUGUUAGAGUGGUCCUUUGUGCUUAUAUGAUACUGGGUCAUCCUGAUGCGGUUCUUAGUAGUCAGGGAGAACGUGAGAUUGCUCUGGUCAAAACUGCAAAAGAAUUUGUCAACGAGUUUGAACUAUUGGUAAAGAUUAUUUUGGAAGGGCCAAUUCAGAGUUCAGAUGAUGAAUUAGAAUCUUCGCCAAAACAGUGGACCUUCAGAUCUCAGCUUGCUGCAUUUGAUAAAGCAUGGUGUUCCUACCUGAAUUGCUUUGUGGCAUGGAAAGUGAAGGAUGCACGAGCAUUAGAAGAGGAUUUGGUGAGAGCUGCAUGUCAACUCGAAUUGUCGAUGCUCCAAACUUGCAAGUUGUCAGCUGGAGGAGAUAAUGCUCUUACACAUGAUAUGAAGGCUAUCCAGAAGCAGGUCACUGAUGAUAAAAAACUUUUAAGAGAGAAGGUUCAGGACCUUAGUGGAGAUGCUGGGGUUGAGCGUAUGGAAAGUGCUUUAUCUGAAACACGAUCCAAGUACUUUGAGUCUGUAGAAAAUGGAAGCCCUUUGAGUUUGCCAGUUACACAGUUUAUAUCUUCUUCUAUUUCCAACUCGGAUGGUCCUUCAAUUUCAAGAUCAGAUGUCAGGAGCAAUAAGGACAGGCAUAUUGAAAGGCCAGCUCGUGUAGUCCGUUCUUUAUUCAGGGAAGAACAAAUGGUGGCUAAACCAAAUGAUUUAUCUGAAUCUAGAAGCAUUCCAGGAGGGAAGUUUGGGUCUGUAGACUUGGCCACUGAAAAUGAACUUUUGGUAAAUGAGUUUCUCCACCAGCAACAUCCUGUUCCUGACAGUUUGGGCAUGAUUGAAGAAGAUCAAAAUAGCAUCCAGGUAAAGGUGAGAGAAACAAUGCACAAGGCCUUCUGGGAUAGCGUCAUGGAAUCAUUGAAACAGGAAGAGCCCAACUAUGAUCGGGUGCUUCAGCUUGUGAGAGAAGUCCAUGAUGAACUUUGCAAUAUGGCUCCAGAGAGCUGGAAACAUGAGAUAACUGAAGCCUUUGACAUAGAUUUUCUUUCCCAGGUACUCAAGUCAGGGAACAUGGAUAUAGACUACCUUGGGAGGAUUUUGGAGUUUACGUUAGUCACAUUGCAGAAGCUCUCCUCUCCUUCAAAAGAAGGCCAGCUGAAGGCUAGUUAUGAGUGUUUAUUUGAAGAGUUAACUGAGAUAUGUCGUCCAACCAAAGAUAAGUCGAACAAUCCAUGUGAAAUUGCCUUGAUUCGGGGUCUACAAUUUGUCAUGGAGCAGAUUCAGGUGCUCAGACAAGAGAUAAGCAAAGCUCGUAUAGGAAUUAUGAAGUCUAUUUUAACGGGACCCCAUGGUUUUGAUUAUCUUAGAAAGGCUUUUGCGAACCAAUAUGGGGUUCCAUCAGACGCCAACACCAAGCUUCCAAAAACAAUGCAAUGGCUGUCGUCUGUUUGGCAUGGCAAAAACCAGGAGUGGGAAGAACACAAGAUCUUGUUAUCAUCAUUGUCUGUGGUUUCCAAGGGAUCAUCAAAGGGCUGUCUUCCAUCGACCUCUUUAAGAACCGGUGGAGGUAUUGUCCAGCCAGUGAAUUCAAGCCCACAGACAUCUAACACUGCCAGAGAAACAACAGGCAAUGAACAACCGGAAUGUCUUGGAGGAGAAUUGGAUAUAGCUAUCAGGCUGGGACUUCUAAAGUUGGUUACUGUUGUGUCUGGUGUAACACAAGAAGUAAUACCAGAAACGUUCAGUCUUAACCUUGGCCGGAUAAGGGCUGUUCAAGCUGAAGUUCAGAAACUAAUUGUUACGACAACGAGCAUACUUGUUUGGAGGCAGAUCCUCCUGAGCCAGAGAAGUUCAACAAUGACAACUACUGACAUAGAAACUGCAGUCUUGAAUUGCGCUCAACAUCUUUCAAACAUGUUAGACCAAAACGAAAAUGCAGGAAUCGAAGAAAUUACAGAGGCAAUAGUUAAGUUCACAGGAGAUGGUGAUGAGAUUCUUCAAUCAAGCAGGGUAGUUGUCAGCCGGAUGAUAAGAAAAUGCUUGCAGGCAGGUGACGCUGUGUUUGAAAAGGUGUCACGUGCCGUUUACUUGGGAGCGAGAGGAGUCAUUUUGGGUGGAAGUGGAAGGAAUGGAAGAAGAUUAGCAGAAAAGGCUCUGCGGCAAGUCGGAGGAGCCGUGCUAACUGAAAGGAUGGUGAAAGCUGCCGAAGUUUUAGUACAGGCAGCCAGUGUAUCAGUUAAGGUUCAUGAAGGAUGGUACGCUGAUUUGGUUAAUUUGAUUGAUUGUGAAAUAUGAAGAAAUGGGAUAGGAGGGAAGUACAUAAAAGAAAUGUAAAGAAGAAACUACAUAUAUGUAUAUAAGUUAGUGUGUGAAAAGAAAAAGAAGAAAGAAUUGUGUUGAUAUAGUGGGUUGCACAGUUGAAAGCAGGCAUUGACUGUGAUUGUGUAGUGUUAGGGAUGAUCAUGAUAGCAAAGGUGUAAUUAAUUGAAUGUGUAAAUGUGACGUGGAAUUAAUAAUAAAAUUGUAUUUAUUGGUCUUU